AUGGACCCUAAUAAUCGCCUCUAUCUUAACUUCAACAGUAACGAGCGGCUUAGUGGUCCCUCAGACCGCCAAUAUCCUACCACGCCCUCUACCUUCCCUCAACCGGUCUUCCCAACGUCUUCGCAACAGCAUCUUGCUUCCCAGCAGUCUCAAGCUCCUCAGCAAUAUGCUGGUGGUUAUGCUCCCCAGGGCAACUACUUUGCGCCUGGCCCAUAUCAGGCUCCCGCCGAAUACGGUAGUGCCCAAGCUACAGGAGCAUAUCAGCCUCGAUCCAACACUCCUGGGACCAAUGAUCCCAAUGUCGGUCUGGCUCACCAGUUCUCACACCAGAAUCUAGGAGGUGCCGGUCGAGGUGGUUCCUACGGAACGCGAGGUCCUUCGCCAGGUCAACGACCCCGAACUUCAGGCUCGUCCAGCCAUCAACCUGGUUAUAACUAUGCGAAUGCUCCUCCCAUGCCCGGUCAAGGUUCCCGCCAGCCCGAUUUCCAGCCUGCGCCCGAGCGAAACCCCGAGAAAUAUGGUCUCAAUGCGAAUAAUAACCAGAAAAAGUGUUCACAGCUGGCUGCUGAUUUCUUCAAGGAUAGCGUCAAGCGUGCUCGUGAGCGCAACUUACGACAGAGCGAGAUGGAACAGAAACUCUCAGAGCCCAACCAGUCUUCUUCGAGGCGUGAACAGAUUUGGCAAAACGGCGGCAAAAAGGAAGCACGCUAUUUACGAUUCUUGCGAACUAAAGACAAGCCCGAGAAUUAUACUACAGUUAAGAUCAUCGGAAAGGGUGCUUUCGGAGAAGUCAAACUGGUCCAAAAGAAAGCCGACGGUCAGGUCUACGCUAUGAAAUCCCUAAUUAAAACCGAAAUGUUCAAGAAAGAUCAAUUAGCCCAUGUUCGAGCUGAGAGAGAUAUCUUAGCCGAGUCUGACAGCCCUUGGGUUGUUAAGCUCUUCACGACGUUCCAGGAUGCCAAUUUCCUCUAUAUGUUGAUGGAGUUCUUGCCUGGUGGAGAUUUAAUGACGAUGCUUAUCAAGUACGAAAUCUUUUCCGAAGAUAUUACACGAUUCUAUAUCGCAGAGAUCGUGUUAGCUAUCGAGGCCGUUCAUAAACUUGGUUUCAUUCACCGUGAUAUCAAGCCUGACAAUAUUCUUCUUGAUCGGGGUGGGCACGUCAAGCUUACCGAUUUCGGUCUAUCCACAGGUUUCCACAAGCUUCACGAUAACAACUACUACCAACAACUUCUGCAGGGCAAAUCGAGUCGGCCUAAGGAUCGGAACUCGGUUGCUCUUGACCAGAUUAACUUGACGGUCAGCAACCGUUCCCAAAUUAACGACUGGAGGAAGUCUCGAAGACUGAUGGCGUACUCAACCGUCGGUACCCCUGACUAUAUCGCACCAGAAAUCUUUACAGGACAAGGUUAUACCUUUGAUUGCGAUUGGUGGUCAUUGGGUACUAUCAUGUUCGAAUGUCUUGUCGGCUGGCCUCCGUUCUGCGCGGAAGACAGCCACGACACGUACCGAAAGAUUGUUAACUGGAGACAAUCACUUUAUUUCCCAGACGAUAUCACACUUGGAAGGGAGGCUGAGCACCUGAUCCGAAGUCUCAUCUGCAAUACUGAGGUGCGACUUGGAAGAAGUGGAGCUCAGGAAAUAAAGGCUCAUGCGUUUUUCCGUGGUGUCGAAUUCGAUAGUCUUCGACGUAUUCGAGCUCCAUUUGAACCUCGUCUAACAUCAGCCAUCGACACAACUUAUUUCCCAACGGACGAGAUCGAUCAAACAGACAAUGCGACGGCUUUGAGAAACCAAGCCAUCGCAAUUGGAAAACCAAUUGAGGAGUCACCCGAGAUGAGCUUGCCAUUCAUCGGGUACACGUUCAAGCGGUUCGAUAACAACUUCCGUUAA